AUGCCCGGUGCGAAAAAACCCCAAUGCUGUGAUCCAUGCCGUGUACUUCACCAUAAAUGUGACGGAGUCUUGCCACAAUGCGGCCGAUGUGUUCGCACAGGCCGGGAAUGCACUCGAGAUAAAAAAGAAACCAAAUUCCGACAGGCAAAGAGCCGGAAGUCGCGCACUAACUUUCCUAGCAACCAAGUGUGGGUUCAGCCACCACCUAGAGUUGAUUUUGUACUUGAAAGUGGAAGUGGUCAAUUGGAUAACUCGACCGAAAGGCCAACAAAUGUUGAGUCGCCUGCUGGGAGUUUGCAUAGUCAUGCCGAGUCCAUUCCUUUACCAGAAGGACCGUCUCCCGGGUCUUCAUAUACCGUGCCUUUGCAGCAAUAUGGUUUCUCAAACCACCAAGUACAUACGAGCAGUAGUGCUGUUUCGCCAAUAGUCCCGGUAGUGGACACACCUGAACGAUUAUAUCAGCGGCGAUGGCCCUUGAGAGAUCCAGAGGAGGCGCGUUUGUUGCAGCAUUUUGUGGAUAAAGUUGCACCAUUCUUCGAUUGCACGGAUCGCCAGCAGCAUUUUGCCAUUCAUAUCCCUUAUCGAGCGCGCCGUUGCGAGACAUUAUUUAAUGCAAUAUUAGCCAUGUCAGCCCGUCAUCUAAAUCGCACAACGGCCUUUGACCCUUUUGUGUCAGACCAUUACUACCAAGCAUGUCUGGAGAAGUUGAUCCCCGCGCUCAAUGAUCACGGUGUUACGAUGGAUGAUGAUUUGCUGGCUGCUACUGUCAUUCUGCGCUUGCUAGAAGAAUUUGAUGUCCCACUCGCGGGCUCUGAUAUUCGAGGCCACUCCUUCGGGACAAAGGCUUUCAUACGGGGUCCAUCGAUAAUGACCACAACCCCCAGUCUACGGCAGGCUGUCUACUGGAGUGGCCUACGCCAGGAGAUUUACAAUGCCCUUAGCCUUCAGCAAGCGCCAGACAUUGAACUGAGGUCCUUGAAUUUAAAUUCCCACUUUGGCUCGUUAGGCCCUGAUGCAGGUGAUUGUGCAUGGGCAAAUCAAGCAAUCACUCAUUGUGCUGAUGUUUUGGUGUUUUGUUUCGGGGAGGGCCCUCGCUCAACAACUGUGCAUGCAGAGCUCAAGGCACAUAAUCAGCAAUGGAGUGAGACUCGCCCGGAUUCAUUCGAACCUUAUUUUGUGGGUGAAGAUGUGGAGGUGGGAAUUAAAUUGCCCGACAUUCGCUACGGGUGUUCCUGGCAUGCAAUCGGCAAUCAAUAUAUCGACCUUGCCCAAAUUUUGCUUUCUGUGCAUGACCCUAAUCUCCCUACGGUUGGACCUCUGCGCAGGCGUCUGAUUCAGGAGGCUGAUGAUCAUAUCCGCCGGGGGGUCUGGACAGUAUGUGGCGCUUCAUUAUCAAAUGCCUCUGUGCCGCCAGCCAUGGUUGUCGGGUGCAUGGCCAUCCAUCUCUGCGGCGAUCGCUUCACGGACCCACACGAACAGGACCUUUUGAUUCAAGUUCUUAUUCAAACAGAUACACUCCACGGCUGGCCAACGCAUGCACUCCAACGACAGCUUCGGGAGACAUGGGGCAUGCGUUGA